AUGGCACAAAACACACAGUGCCGCUUCAUCGCCGUCCACCCAGAGCACUCAGAACCUACCAUCCUGGAGAGCGAAGUGAGAGAAGCACUGAAGACCAGUCCAAAGAACAAGGCAGCUGGAGACCAUGGCAUCACAACUGAAGCCAUCCUUGCACGCGGUGAAACCGGAAUACAUUGGCUUACAAUCGUCUUCCAGAAAGCUUGGAAAGAGAGGAAAGUACCAACAGAUUGGCAGAAUGCGAUAGUGGUGCCAAAAUGGAAGAAAAGGGGCAGCAAGAAUGACUGCAAUACUUACAGAGGCAUUUCUCUUCUCAGCCACGCGGGGAAAAUCGAAGAGCAACGCACUCGCACAAAAGCCAAACAUCUUCUCGGCGAUGCCCAGUUUGGUUUUAGAAAAGGAAGAGGGUACAAUGAUGCAGUCUUCGCACUCCGACAACUGUGUGAGAGGGCAUUGGAACACGACCAAGAUCUCCUUUUUGCAUUUGAGGAUCAGUAA